ACGUACACCAAUUGCUCUUUCAAACCAAUUUUUACCAGUUCAUCAGAUCGUAUAGCUUUUCAACGUUCAAAAGACCCAACAACGCCCCCCUCCCUUUCCUCACUCUCUCUCCAACCACAAAACUCAGAGACCUCACCGAGAGAUCCGAUCCGAUCCCGAUCGAACCAUGGAGGCGGCACCAGUGGCGCGCGACGAGAACGUCUACAUGGCCAAGCUGGCGGAGCAAGCCGAGCGCUACGAGGAGAUGGUGGAGUUCAUGGAGAAGGUCUCGGCGGCGGCCUCCACGGAGGAGGAGCUCACGGUGGAGGAGCGAAACCUCCUCUCCGUCGCCUACAAGAACGUAAUCGGCGCACGGAGGGCGUCCUGGCGGAUCAUCUCCUCGAUCGAGCAGAAGGAGGAGAGCCGCGGGAACGAGGACCACGUCGCCACGAUCAAGGAUUACAGAUCCAAGAUCGAGUCCGAGCUCUCCUCGAUCUGCGACGGCAUUCUCAGGCUUCUGGACUCCAGGCUCAUCCCUUCCGCCUCCGCCGGUGACUCCAAGGUGUUUUACCUCAAGAUGAAGGGAGAUUAUCAUCGCUACCUUGCGGAGUUCAAGACCGGUGCGGAUCGCAAGGAUGCCGCCGAGAACACUCUCACUGCCUACAAAUCCGCGCAGGAUAUUGCAAAUGCAGAACUUCCUCCAACACAUCCAAUCCGACUUGGUCUUGCUCUUAACUUCUCUGUCUUUUACUAUGAGAUUUUGAAUUCUCCCGACCGUGCUUGCAGUCUUGCCAAACAGGCGUUUGAUGAAGCAAUUGCUGAAUUGGAUACAUUGGGAGAGGAAUCCUACAAGGAUAGCACCUUGAUUAUGCAGCUUCUUCGAGAUAACCUCACCCUUUGGACCUCUGACAUGCAGGAUGAUGGGGUUGAUGAGAUUAAAGAAGCUUCUAAGCCCGAUGAUGACAAGCAGUAAGGGCGAGAAUCAUUGAAAUGCAUUUUCCCUUCUCCGAUGGUUGUUUUUGCUAGGAGAAGAAGGUGCUUGUUUCUUUCAAAUUUUCUUUCAAGUUUUUAGGUGUUCUUGAUUUUAGUGCUGAAACUUGAAGGUGCUUAAUAUUGAUGUUCUCUUGCUUGUAGUUUUCAGUUUUAUUUGGUUAUGGAUGGCUUAUUUAUCUUAAAGAAGCAGAGCUCAAAGUCUGCAUUUGGCUA